UACACAAUGUGAUCCAAACCUGAUCCGCACCCCACUCCUCUAAUGGACCAAGUGCAGAUGUUUUGCCGCCAUGUGGUAUAGCACACUUGUGGUAGCAACCUCUGGACUUGCUUAUUAACGCGCACGCACACACGCACAGUCGGCGGGUCCACAGAGCCGAGCGUGUGAUAAAUCGGCUUACGCUACUUGAGAGGAGGGGAUGUGCGCGCGCUGGCUGUGGGAUGUGAGACCAAUAACCGCUCCGCACUGACGAGGCAGGUGCCCACCGGGAGCUGGCUUCCUUAUUUUUUAGGGAGGAAAAAGUCAUCCCUUCAGGACGUGAUUCUUCAUCAGUGGCAAUGGAGUCGUGCGUGUUUUUGCUGAUACGUUCAGGUUGAAAAGCGCAUGGAGGGAAACCUACGUGAGAGUCAUCAAUGGCAGAACUUGAAGUUUGCAGAAAUCUCAGUUUGGAAAAGGUGGAGCGAUGCAUGAGCGUGAUGCAGUCCGGGACACAGAUGGUAAAGCUGAAGGCGGGAUCCAAAGGGUUGGUGAGACUCUUUUACCUGGAUGAGCAUUGCUCUUGCAUCCGCUGGAAGCCGUCACGCAAGAGCGAGAAGGCCAAGAUCACCAUUGAUUCGCUGUACAAAGUGACAGAAGGCGGACAAUCUGACAUCUUCCAUCGGCAUCCGGAGGGCAGCUUGGACCCGGCCUGUUGCUUCACAGUUUACCAUGGCAACCACAUGGAGUCCCUCGACCUGGUCACGUCCAAUUCGGAUGAAGCCAGAACCUGGAUAACAGGCCUUCGCUACCUGAUGGCUGGCAUCAGCGAUGAGGACUCUCUGGCGAAAAGGCAGCGCACUCAUGACCAGUGGAUGAAGCAGACGUUCGAGGAGGCGGAUAAGAAUGGAGACGGACUCCUGAACAUUGAUGAGAUCUACCAGCUCCUCCACAAGCUCAACGUUAACCUCCCACGGAGGAAAGUCAAGCAAAUGUUCCAGGAAGCAGACACGGACGAUCAGCAGGGCACGCUAACAUACGAGGAGUUCUCCGUCUUUUACAAGAUGAUGUCCGUGCGUCGGGAUCUCUUCCUGCUUAUGAUGGCCUACAGCGACAGGAAGGACCACCUGAUGCCGGACGAGCUGGCCAACUUGUUGCGCAGUGAGCAGAAGAUGGUCAAUGUGACCCCAGAAUACGUGGCAGAAAUCAUCAACAAAUUUGAGGCGGCGGAUGAGAACAAAGAAAAAGGUGUCCUGGGAAUCGAGGGUUUUACAAGUUUCAUGCGAAGUCCAACAUGUGACAUUUUCAACCCUUUGCACAAUGAGGUCAAUCAGGACAUGGAUCAGCCUCUGAGUAACUACUUCAUCGCCUCCUCUCAUAACACCUACCUGACCGGUGACCAGCUCCUCUCACAUUCCAAGACCGACAUGUACGCCUGGGUGCUGCAGUCCGGCUGCCGCUGCGUGGAGGUGGACUGUUGGGACGGUCCUGAAGGAGAGCCCAUGGUGCAGCACGGCUACACUUUGACCUCCAAGAUCGCCUUCAAGUCCGUCAUAGAGACCAUCAACAAAUACGCCUUCAUCAAUAACCAGUACCCCGUCAUUCUGUCCAUAGAGAACCACUGCAGCAUCCAGCAGCAGAAGAAGAUCGCUCAGUAUCUCAGAGAAGUCUUUGGAGACAAGCUGGAUGUUGCCGAUGUGCUCAGCAGAGAGUCCACAACAUUACCCAGCCCUCAGAGCCUGCUGGGAAAAAUUCUUAUUAAAGGCAAGCGUCUCCCUGCAUAUCUGUCUGCGGAUGCCGAGGAAGGCGAGGUCUCCGAUGAUGACAGCGCAGACGAAAUUGAGGACGACUUCAAGCUCAAAAGCAGUAACGGAAACGGUCAUCACCAAGUGGAGUCUCACAUUAGAAAGAAACUGGACUCUCUCCUGAAGGAGUCUCGCAUCGGAGACAAGGAAGACACUGACAGCUUUAGCAUCAGAGCCCUGCUGAGGGCCACGCACCAGGGCCUCCAGAAGAACCUCCGGCAGAGCUCCAGGGGGGUUCUGAAGAAAUCCCAAAGCAGGUCCUUCAUUACCACGCUCAAACAGAAGAGGCACUCUAAAUCCCGGCUGACAUGCCAAAGUGUGGAAAAGGAGGAGGAUGAGCAGGAGACAUCCGGGAAGGACGCUGGAGGACAGUUUUACAGGGGCGGAAGAAAGAGGAAGACGAUGAAACUGAGCCGGGAUCUGUCCAACCUGGUGGUGUUCACCAACUCCGUUGCCUCACAGGAGUGCCUGAAUGAAGGUACGCCCGGUGAUGUUCUGUCAUUCAGCGAGACCAGAGCCCAGUCGCUGGUUAAUCACAGAGCGGAACAGUUCCUGGCUUUCAAUCAGAGGCAGCUGUCACGAAUUUAUCCCUCUGCUUACCGCAUCGACUCUUCCAAUUUCAACCCGCAGUUCUAUUGGAACGUUGGCUGUCAGCUGGUGGCCCUAAACUACCAGACUGAGGGCCGAAUGAUGCAGCUUAACAGGUCAAAGUUCAUGGUGAAUGGAGGUAUCGGCUACGUCCUCAAGCCCCCACCCAUGUGUAAAGGGACUUUCAACCCAUUUAGUGAUGACCCACUCCCAGCUUACCCCAAGAAGCAGCUUGUUCUUAAGGUCAUUAGUGGACAGCAGCUGCCCAAACCUCCGGAUUCCAUGCUGGGGGACCGUGGGGAGAUUAUUGAUCCAUUUGUGGAAGUGGAGAUCAUUGGUCUGCCUGUUGACUGCUGCAAGGAGCAGACAAGAGUGGUUGAUGACAAUGGUUUCAACCCUGUAUGGGAGGAGACGUUGUCCUUUACGCUUCACAUGGCUGAGGUGGCUUUGGUGCGUUUCCUCGUCUGGGACCAUGACCCCAUCGGGCGAGACUUUAUCGGUCAACGGACUGUUGCCUUCAGCAGCCUCAUGCCUGGUUACAGACAUGUCUACCUAGAGGGGCUUACUGAGGCAUCCAUCUUUGUGCACGUGUCAGUGCAUGACGUCUAUGGCAAAUGGAGUCCUCUAGUGCUGAAUCCCAGCUUUACCAUAAUGCACUUUCUAGGAUCUAACAAGGGAAAUCAACUGCGAGGCAUUCGGGGUUUGUUCAACCGCUCUUCCAAGUCCUCUGUGGAUACCACCGCUGCAGGUCUUCGCAAGCGUUCUAUCAGUGAUCACCUCCUCCGACGCACAGCCAGUGCUCCGGCUAAGGGUCGGAAGAAGACGAAAAUGGCGCUGUCUGAGUCUGUGGCAUCCAUGUCAGACCACAAGAACAGCGCAGGCCUAGAGACGGCGGUGGAGGGCGUGUCAGGGAAGGAGCCAGCGGUGGAAAAACAGCCCCAAACCCGACACCCCCUCACCCACAGACCCCUCUCCAUGCCUUUAGACAGGCUUUUGCAAGGACAACUCACCCUUUGCUCUGGAGACAAGGAACAGCGAGAGAUUGGGGCAGACGCAAUCAUUGGAACUUUCUGCUUCAACAGACCAAGGUCUUCCUCUGUGGAUCUUCUCACAAAUCCCUCAGCCUCGAAUGGGGAAAAGGUCCAAUCCCCUUCUAAGACCUACAACAAUUGGAAAAAGGAUCUCAACAAGCCACAGGAGGCCUCUUAUCUGGUUAUCGGUGAAGGUAGCAUAAGAAAUGAGGAUGACUAUGUCAACUACCAGGCAGGUAACAAUCGAGUCAACCAAUUUAAGAGCCAAUCUGCAGGGAUCACCAAUAACCAAAGUAUAUCGGAUAAACCAGAAAUUUCUUCAACCAGCACAAUGUUCACAGUUGCAGCUUCAGUGUCCUCCUCCCCUGCUCCUUCCUCCACGGCUCCUCCUCUUUCCCCGGUCAACAUGGACCAUGAUGUGAAGAGUCCUACUUCUUUGAAUGACAGCGCCAUCUCCAGACUUAUUGACGCCAUGUCCUUAGGCAAUGACCAAGACCCACGAGGCUCUAUAUCUGCUCAGAUUGGUCGGUUUGAAUGCACUGACCAAAACAGCCCCUCUCAUGAUCAUACCCUUGGUUAUCACUACACAAUUUUGCCUCCCACUCCUCGUGAGCCACAGGAUUUCAGGUCUCCAGCCAAGAAAACAUCUCCUUUAGAAACAAACCACUUCACCAUUUCAUCUUGUGAGAUUUCCAAAAGAGACACAGGCCUCUUCUCCAGUCCAGAAACUGCUGAUCUUGAGGAGGUCUACACCAUUCUGGAUGAGGAGAUGCUUUCACCUGUGUCUGUGUACAAUCUGAAGAAUCAGACAGGUCACGUUCAGGCAGAUAAGAUGACUUCCUCGCCCAUAAAUGUGCUUCACGGUUUAGGGUAUGGACACAAUAAGAUCUGUUGGGAUGACAGUCCCACAAAGGGAAGACAAAAUGAAGAUCCCAAGGAGUCUGAGGAGAGUAUCUAUGAGGAAGUGUUUGACCCGCCCAUUCCUAUAAGUAAAGAACAGCAGAAUACUAAUCAAAGAUGUAAUUUCUCAUCCAGAAACAACUCCACCACAGAGGUGGAAAUAUAUGUUGAUGAUGAUCCAACACUAAGACAUACAUGGAAGACUCUACGAAGUCCUACGAAACAGAACGCUAUUUACCAAAACGAGUGCACCCUGGAAUACUCCCAACAGAAACAUCAUCUUCUUUAUCGUGAGCCUCUGCAAGAGUACCCGAUGUUUCCACAAUGUGCCUCCCCACAGAGUGCCCAUCAGCUUAUGAAUCACCAAUCCGGCAUCCAGUCUCCACUAAUCCACAGACCUAUAGACUCUAAACCCCCGAGAUCAAGACUACCAAGUCACAACGACUACCCGAGUCCUCAAAACACUCCAAUGUCUAUUCAGUAUAACAGAUCUUUCACACCACAGAGAGGCUACAAUGGGAACCUUCAUCCAGGAAGACAAGGCUAUAGAGCCACAGCGCAUGAAAGCACCAUCCGUGAUGGGUUCUCCUCUGAAAGUCUUCCGAUUCACUCUGUGCUAAGUCCGUCUACAGGCUUUUCCUCUUCUUCAGAUUGUGAAACGUUGUACAGUCAUGCGGACUAUGGUGACAUUGCACCCUCUUCGAACUCUCAAACUUGCUUCCAAACCCAGUCUUCGAUUCCCAGUCAUUCAUGGAACCUAAGGGUUUCUGGCAUCCAAGUGCAGUCUGACACCAGAGAUCCAAAGAUUUCAACUCAGCGUUCUUUAUCGACUGUUACCCAGUUGACGAACGCUGAUUCUGCAGUCAACACCCCAUGCAAGUCCAAGUCCCUGGGAGACCUGACCUCUGAGGACAUUUCAUGUAACUUUCAGAGCAAAUAUCACAUCAUUAGUCGCAGUUUUAUCACUCCACACAUGAGGAAACAAAAAAAGAUGGGAACCACAGUGGGAGGAGGAACUCUCCACUCGCAGUCUUGUGAUCCAUUGACUGAACAGUUGCGUAAACUGGUCAGUCUGGACGUAGAAACAGAAAGAGAAAUGGAGGUGAAAUUCCCACUGAUGACAAGCAUAGAUCCCCCUACUUCCCAGGACAUUGACGACUCCCCUCCACUUCUUACUCGUCGUUUGUCAUCCCGUAGCCAAAGCCGAGUACGACACAUCAACAGUCGUGCCCGGGAAAGACAGCAAGAAGCUCUGAAACCACGAUUUGGCACUGAUAGCACCACCAACGUGGUUUUGAGGAAUAAACCAGCCUUGCAAAACCCUGCUGUUAACAGACACUCGACUGGCUCUUACAUCACAGGGUACUUAGGCCAACUGGAAGACGGAGGGACUGAGGGAACUUGUACAUCAUUACGCUACGCAAACAACCAUCAACAGGCAGAUCGAUACUCUACCGAUGACUCUUUUCCCCUUUCGGAUGUCUCACGCUUUUCAUCAGAACCAGAGGUCUACUUUCUGCUCAGACUUUAGCUUGAUCAUGAGCUAUCUCUUGGGACUUGGGACUAACCUUUCUCCAUAUCAAAAUUACCCCGUUAAUAUUUCAAAUGAUACAUAAGGUGUCUCCCACACGUUAGUACACACCACAUAGUUUACAAUAUCUUCUCAAGGGACAAUACUAUAGAAAUGUAACUUUGGUAUAACUCAUGUUAGUCAUCAGUAUAGAUUUGCUGUCCUAAAUAAAAUAAUUAAACACAAAUUCACUCAUCAUACUGUGGUGUGGAAGCAGUUAGAUGCAAUAAAUGGGGGAUGACAGUAUGUUUUUUUUAUGUUAUUUUAGAACUGGCACAUGCUGAAUAGGAAGUGAAUCAAUGUAUUAGUAAUGUGGAACAAAGAGGGUGUAGAAUUGAACACGCUCUGUUUCUUCCGACUUCUUUUGCCCAUUUGGAAUUGUGAAUUGUAAUAUGUGAUGUAUACCGGAAAAAAACGUAUUUUAUGUAUUUUCAAAUCAAAUCAAAUCAUUACCAUAUAGUAAUUUUUUCAGCAUUUGUUUUGCAAACAAACCCAUCCAACACCCAUCACCCUAAUGAGUCCAACUGGCCAUGAGUACCACUGAUCUGUACAUUCAUGUUUAAUUUCUCUUGUAUUGUUCCUUGAGAAGAUAUACUGUAAAAAAGUAGUUGCUGCAAUGUAACGGGUGUAUUCACUUUAGUGAGAUACUGCACAUACAACAUUGUUCGGUCUGGCAGCAUGAUUUUCAUGUAUGAAAUGUCUACAUUUGAAUAGUUAAAAGUUUUUUCUAGUCUGGCAGUGUAUUGUUGAUAUUCUGCUUAAUGUUUAAAUGAACUUGGGAAAGUGGUUUCUCUCCAAAAAGUUAAUAAUACUUGUUAUUUUUGUCCCUGUAACGUCCUGUCCAAACCGCGUACACUGACUGUGAAACAAAAAAACAAAAAACAAAAAAAUCUAUUUUUAAGCAGAAUGUGUGUCUUGGUAUCAGUCGAAUGUGUAGUUAAAGACAAAAGGUCAUGACCAUGAAAGUCUUCCUUCUUUUUCAUGAAGUGUAAAUAGUUCUGCCGUUGUCUUGGAUCCAGUUCUGACUGUACAUGACGUGGAUGUUUGUGCAUGUUACCUGUGAACAUGUCAAGCAUGACUAUGCACCACUUUCUACUACAGAAGAUGUUGCACCAACCCAACAAGUUUUGCACAGAAUCAGCACAGUUGGUUGCAUUGGGGAGGAUGAAAGCUCACAUUGGGUGCAAUUCAACAUCAAAACUUCUGUACUUGGAAUUGUUGCUCUUUAUGAUUUAUAUAUGUUGAAUAACAUUGAAAGAUUUGGAACAUAAAGCCUCUUAUUUUUUUAAUUGUUUUGAUACAGAAUACAAACGAUCUCUUGUUGGUUCUGGUUAUUUUAUUUUAUAUAACUCAAAUGGAAUGCAAAUAUAAAAAAAGUAAUGUCUAGGGAUGGACUGUAGCAAAUGUGUAAUUUUUAUUUUUGAUUGUUCCAGUGUUAGGUCAUCUUUUUUCUUUGUAUUGUUGCUCAUCUGAGGACUGUGAGCAUCCUACCAAUGCAAUAAAAUUAUUGAGAUAUUUGAUUUGGUCUGAUGAUGUGGCACGUGCCUAUGCGCACACUACAAUGAGAUGGAGGCCCAUUGAGUCAGCCAUCAUGAUUUCACAGCAUAAAACCUUUAUUUCUAUUCCUCAGCACUCACAACUAUACGGUAGUUGGUGCUUAAUAAACAGUACAUACCAGUAGAUGGCAGUACAUACCAAGUAGAAAUAGCAGUACAUUAAAGUGACCACUAGAUGGAAAUACAUACU